GGUCAGUAGCGGUCACUGCAGGCUCUGGAGUCGCACUGCUGAUGUCAUCGCUGGAGUCUGACGUCACGGAGAUAAAGCGUCAACAUGGAGGCGACAGAAGAAUCUUCCACGAAUUCACUUUUAAAAGAUGAGUGCUACGUGGACUUCCUGACGGAGAGCUUUGACGUGAAGACGUACACCGCCCAGGUCAUCCACCAUGCGAUCAUCACUGAGCAGCUGGCGAAGCUGGCUCAGGGCAUCAGCCAACUGGACCGGGAGCUGCACAGCCAGGUGGUUGCUAGGCAUGAAGAUCUGCUGGCCCAGGCCCCUGGGAUAGAGUCACUGGAGGGGGUCCUCCAGAUGAUGCAGUCCAGGAUCUACGCUCUUCAAGGGGCUGUUGACAGGAUGCGCUCUAAGAUCGUGGACCCCUACAACAAGAUCGUGGCCCGGACCACCCAACUCGCCAGGCUGCAGGUGGCCUGUGACCUGCUGCGGAGGAUCAUCCGCAUCCUGUUCCUCAGCAAGCGGCUCCAGGCCCAGCUGCAGGCGGGCAGCCGGGAGAUCACCAAGGCAGCCCAGAGCCUCAACGAACUGGCUUCGUCCUUCCUGAAGCAGGCGAUGGAGGGGGAGUACCCCAAGCUGCUGCGCCUCUACAACGAGCUGUGGCGCCGGCUGCAGCAGUACAGCGCCAGCCUGCAGGGGGCGCUGGGGGCCGGCGGGGCGCUGGACGCCAGCCUGGACGUGUCCAUCAGCGAGGCGGAGCGCCAGGACCUCUUCACACAGGCCAAGCAGGACUAUAAUCCAGAGAAGGCCCUGAAGGACUCCUUGCUGCCCUACGAGGCGGCCUACCUGUCCAAGUCCCUGUCCCGCCUCUUCGACCCCAUCAACCUGGUGUUCCCCGUGGGGGGGCAGGCCCCGCCCUCCCCCGACGAGAUGGACAGCAUCAUCAGGACCAUCAGCAGUGAGCUGAACGUUGCCGCGGGCGACCCGGACCUGGCCGUUGCCGUCGCAAAGAACGCCGCCAAGACCGUCCAGCUGUUCUGCGUCAAGUCUGAGCAACUGUUGUGCACACAGGGAGAAGCCAGCCAGGUGAUUGGUCCGUUGACCGACGGCCAGCGUAAGAAUGUCGCUGUGGUGAACUCCCUGUUCAGACUGCAUGGGGCCGUCGCCAAGGUCAUUUCAGGGUUGACCUCAAAUCCUACAGCUGCUGAGCAAGCAUUGAGAUCAUCUCUGGAGGGGGUGCAGGUCCUGAUGGCGGCGGCGGUGGAGCCCCUCCUCCAGUCGGUCAGUGACUCCCUGGAGGCCAUCAUCAUCACCAUGCACCAGGAGGACUUCUCUGGCCCCCUGUCCAGCGGCCAUCGCCCCGAGGUGCCCUGCUCCCUGUACAUGCGGGAGCUGCAGGGCUUCGUGUCGCGCUCCGUGGCCGACUACUUCCAGCACUUCCAGUGCCUGGACUUCAUCUACGGCCGCACGGAGAGCAUCGCGCAGCGCGCCCUGCUGCUCUUCCUGCGCCACGCCUCCCUGCUGCGCCCGCUGGGCGAGGGCGGCAAGAUGAGGCUGGCUGCUGACUUCGCCCAGAUGGAGCUGACGGUAGCCCCCCUGUGCCGGAGGGUCUCUGACCUGGGGAAGCCCUACCGCAUGCUGCGCUCCUUCAGACCCCUGCUGUUCCAGACCUCUGAGCUGAUCUCCAGCAGUGCGGUGGUGGGGGAGCUCAUCCCCUACAGCACCCUGCUCAGCUUCCUGUUCUCCAGAGCUCCCGGGGAGCUCAGGUCCCCCCACCAGCGCGCUGAGUGGUCCAUCGCCCGGUACUCCCAAUGGCUGGACGACCAUCCCUCAGAGAGAGACCGUCUCACCCUCAUCAGGGGGGCGCUGGAGGCCUACGUCCAGUCGGUGAGGACCCGACAGGGGAAGGAGUUUGCGCCCAUCUAUCCCAUAAUGCUCCAGCUGUUACAGCGGGCCACAAGCGCCACUUCCUAGGUGGUUGCCGAAAGUGUUUGACCUGCUUCCACGUGGUACAUUCCAGUACUGAUUUGGCGCGUUAGUUUAUAACGGCUCAGGUGAAGACUUAGGGUGGGGCUUUAGCUUGAUGAAGAACAUGAGGUUGAAAUCUCUUCCCAUCAAAUUGAUUUCAUGUUGGUGAAGGAUAUUAUUUGAUGUAUGCAUAAUAAAGACGGGGUUUAAAUCCUGCUGCCUUGA